UGAAUCCCAACGGGCAGAGCUUCUUCCAGUCUUGGAAGGCACAAGUUAAACAUCAGGGACGUGGACCCAUCGAGGCUGAACAGCUACUCCGGAGCCGAAGUGGUGACCUGGAAAGCUGACGCUGAUUUGGGAAGGGAGGUCGGCAAUUCGCGAUCCGGAGCCCGGCAAGUGCCAUCGCUCCUCGGUUUCCAGCUGCAGCACUCACCAUGGAGUCCCCCAUCCAGAUUUUCCGCGGAGAGCCAGGCCCUACCUGUGCUCCCAGUGCUUGCCUACUCCCCAACAGCAGCUCUUGGUUCCCCAACUGGGCCGAAUCGGACAGCAAUGGCAGUGUGGGCUCCGAGGACCAGCAGCUGGAGCCCGCGCACAUCUCUCCAGCCAUCCCUGUUAUCAUCACCGCUGUCUACUCUGUGGUGUUUGUGGUGGGCUUAGUGGGCAAUUCCCUGGUCAUGUUUGUCAUCAUCCGAUACACAAAGAUGAAGACUGCAACCAACAUCUACAUAUUUAACCUGGCUUUGGCAGAUGCUUUGGUUACUACCACUAUGCCCUUCCAGAGUGCUGUCUACUUGAUGAAUUCUUGGCCUUUUGGAGAUGUUCUGUGCAAGAUUGUCAUUUCCAUUGACUACUACAACAUGUUUACCAGCAUAUUCACCUUGACCAUGAUGAGUGUGGACCGCUACAUUGCCGUGUGCCACCCUGUGAAAGCUUUGGAUUUCCGAACACCUUUGAAAGCAAAGAUCAUCAACAUUUGCAUUUGGCUACUGGCAUCAUCUGUUGGUAUAUCAGCGAUAGUCCUUGGAGGCACCAAAGUCAGGGAAGAUGUGGAUAUCAUUGAAUGCUCCUUGCAGUUUCCUGAUGAUGAAUAUUCCUGGUGGGACCUCUUCAUGAAGAUCUGUGUCUUCGUCUUUGCCUUUGUCAUCCCUGUCCUAAUCAUCAUUGUCUGCUACACUCUGAUGAUCCUGCGCUUGAAGAGUGUCCGGCUCCUCUCGGGCUCUCGAGAGAAGGACCGAAAUCUCCGCCGGAUCACCAAGCUGGUGCUGGUAGUGGUUGCAGUCUUCAUCAUCUGUUGGACCCCCAUCCACAUCUUUAUCCUGGUGGAGGCUCUAGGCAGCACCUCCCACAGCACAGCCGUCCUCUCUAGCUAUUACUUCUGCAUUGCCUUGGGUUAUACCAACAGCAGCUUGAAUCCUGUUCUCUAUGCCUUUCUUGAUGAAAACUUCAAGCGGUGUUUUAGGGACUUCUGCUUCCCUAUUAAGAUGCGAAUGGAGCGCCAGAGCACAAACAGAGUUAGAAACACAGUUCAGGAUCCUGCUUCCAUGAGGGAUGUGGGUGGGAUGAAUAAGCCAGUAUGACUAGUCGUGGAAAUGUCUUCCUAUUGUUCUCCGGGUAGAGAAGAGUUCAAUGAUCUUGGUUUAACCCAGAUUACCACUGCAGUCUGAAGAGGAAAGAUGAGGUAUUCAAUAAUUUAGCCAUGUUAUGCAAUCUAAAGGUGCAGGGCACAUUAGUGAUCUGGCUGAGUAGGGGCAGCAAAUGUGAAGAACAGAGCACACGUCCUGGCAACAAUACACCUCUUUCCUAGGACAGAGGAGAAGGCAAUCUAAUCUCAACCCUUCAAUAAACAGACAGCACUCUUUCUUCUGGUCCCCUUGAUUUAGUGCACCGCCAUCUGUGUGGCCUUUCUGUGUAACAUAGUUCCAAAGCUCUAGAGAAAAAAAUGAAAGAAAAAGUGCAUUCGAUCCAAAACUUACUGGGCACCCAACCUUCGCAUUAACACAAGCAAAACCAACUUCAUAUACAAUGAGGCCAUACCAAGGGUCAUAUCCAACUCACUUUCUGCUGGUGAUCAUGUCUUAGGUGUGAUGAGAGUGAAACUUAGGAAGAACUUGGACUCAGACCCUGACACUGGGGGAGAACACCAUAUUGACAUUUGUGAACCUAUUUAAAGUUGUGGGUGUUCUCUUCUCACAGUGUCUAAUGCCUUGAAAAACUACAGUUGCUUCUUAAGGUCUCUGGUUUUUAGCAUGCUAUUCAGGAAGAUAAUCUUCUGAGAAAACAUGAACUGAUAUUAAAAGAAUGAAGCUUAAAUACCAGCAAAGUGUGUGUAAUUUCAUCUGUAAAUAGUGGUCUGUAUAUAAAUAAGGACCAGGUUUUCCUGUCCUGCCUGUACAUUUCUCAAGGAUGCCGUAGACACACCCCUGGAAGCCUGGAGAGUUCAUGUUGAGAUAUUUUGCUUCACUAUAAGUUACUUUCUUGGAUUUGGUCUUGGUGUGAUUUCUACUAGAUUCCUAAAACAUCAUUUACUGUAACACUGAUCAUAACUUGGUGUUAACAAUUCCCCAAACUUUAAAUUCAUUCUAAAGUGUUAGCAUUGAUCAAAUCUACUUUGUGGUAGCAUCUGUUUGUAAACACACACAUAUAGCCAGAUUCUCUACUCAGGUAGAGGAAGUUGCUUUGAUCAUGUACACAUUCAAAUGUUAUGCUCUGGCUUUCCACAGAAAGUGGAAUUGUUUCAAAAUGCAUGCUGAAAAAGGAAAUAGGGUUUGAGAUGGCUUAGCACAAUUUGCAUGGUAUUGAGUAAGAGGGUACCUGUGGAAGUUGCUAUCUGAGAAGUCCAUUUAGGAUACUUUUGCUAAAUCUUCCAAGUGAAUAUAAAUUAUCCAUCCUUUCCUUCAAAACUUAUAGUUCAG